AUGGUGGGAACGGUCUCGAGGAGUGGCAGGAUCAUUCCCGAGAAGGAAUAUCGGCUGAACGCCAUGAGGAAGGACCAGCAGCAGCAGGUGCAGGAGUGCCUGGCUCGGGCCAUUUUCCACAAGGUCCUUGACAUGGAGGUGGAACAGGCCAGGAGGUCCCUGGGAGGUGCCAUCCCCUCGUGCUCCCCACACCCUCCUCCUCCGGGCCCAGGGAACCUGCAGGGGCUGCACCCGCUGGUGGCUGGAGCAGCGGCCGCUCCGGGGGAGAGGAGUGGGUUAAGACUUAUGAAUUCUGUGGAAUAUGUGACUGGUAUAUCCCCAUAUCAGCUCCCCAUCAUCAGCAAUCCCGUGGCACCAGCACCUCCUCCCCCUCUGCCGAAAGGAGACAGGAGCAGAAAUGCAGUGAGGAGUGGGAUGCUCAGAGGCAGGUGGUUCCGUCCCACCACUGCACCAAAUGACCUAGAGCAACUCUUAACUAAGAGCUCUGGAGGACCCCCCAAGGCCUCGUUGCGCAGCAAUGCCUUUGUUACCAUGGUCUUUCUAGGGAAAAGUGUGCACUUAGCUCAUGAUGAUGCUGACUACAGAGAUGAAAUCAAAGUCUACCAGCAGCACUGUGGAGGAGAAAACCUUUGUGUCUACAAAGGCAAGCUCUUGGAAGGAGAGACCUUUCAGUUUGUCUCAAAGAGGCACCAGGGGUUCCCCUUCAGCCUCACCUUUUACCUCAAUGGGAUCCUCGUGGACAGGCUGAGCUGGUGCUGUGAGUACAAACACCAGAAGUGCUCCAGGCUGGGAGGCAGACGUGGGCACUUUGGGUUUGUCCGUGUGGAGGGAGCAGCUCCUUGCUACAGGUGCAUUAUUGCAAUGGGUCUGGACAAAAAGCCAUCCCCUCCCAAGAGAAAGAUCGAAGCCCAGGAGGAAAAGCGUGUGGGUUCCUGGAGAGAUGGAGAGCACAGUGAGCCAAGUGCAAGCAGUGAUGAGCAGAAACCAAGGAAAGAGUCAGUGUUAGUCAUCUUGCCAAUUCAUGAAGUGAGUGUGGAAACUGUUGAGGACACAAUGGAGACAGGACUGGAGUCCAGAGGAGAAGAAGGGAAAAAACUGUCUGACCACGAGAGUGAAGACAGUCAGGAAGACAAUGGCAAAAAUGAGUAUGAUGAUGAUUUUGAAGCAGAUGAAGACAGUAAUGAAGAGGGACAGACUGGUGAUCAAACGAGUGGAAUGUCUAAGUCAAUCUCAGAUGAUAAAAACCCAGAUUCAGACCAUGAAAAGGAGGGCAGCAACUCCUCACAGAACGUUCUGCCGGCCUCCGACAGUGAGGAAGAUGAAAGUGGUGGAUGUUCUGACAUCGACUCAGAGGAUGAUAAAGAAGGCUCAGAGACGGUGGAGGCAGAGGGUGAGACAGUGUCUGGGGGAGAGGAGGCUGUGGAGGACGGAGGGAAGGGCGUUGUGCUGGGUGAGACAGUGUCCAAGGCAGAGGAGGCCAUGGAGGAGGGAGGUUCUGCAGGGAAGGAUGUUGUGGAGGAGGCUGUGUCUGGGGCAGAAGAGGCUGUGGAAGAUGCCAACUUGUCAGAAGGGAUUGCUGGGUUAGUUGGCCCUGAAGAGGCUGUAGAUGAAGCCAUUUCCGAAGGGAAGGACACAGUGGAGAAGCCUGGGACUCUCCUGGAAGUCUUAUGGGAUACAAGUGCUUUCACAGGAGAAGCAGUGCCCGGAGGAGGAGACACUGUAAAGCCAAAUGAGUUUUCCCAACUGAAUGCAUCAGGGGGAGAGCUGAUGGAGGUGGAGGAAGCUGCCAUAGGAGCAGCAACAUCUGAGACUGGCGAGGCACCAGAUGUAGAAGGGACCUCUCUCCUGGGAGCAGAGGACGCAGUGGAGGAGACCGUGGAGCCUCUCAAAGGUUCUGUGUUGCAAGAAGCACCUGGAUUAGAAGCACUGGUGGAUGCUGGAGUGGAUCCCUUAAGUGAAGAGUCGUCUCAGCUGGAGAAGACCACAGCAGUGGAGGAGGAGGAGGGCUCAGCAGAAGCACUUCUGAGUGGAGACCCAUCUCUAGGCAGCAAAGCAAAGGCAGAGAGUGCAAUGGAAGGUGGAGAGGAGAUGGGUGUGUCGGUGGAGACAGCCAGGGCAGGGUCAGGAGGUCGGGAGGAGGUGCUGGCUGGAACAGCAGGUCCCAGGGAGCUGGCAGCAGGGGAUGUUGUGGAACCAGACACUGUUGCCACGCCUCAAGUACAGGCCCAGGAUGGGGAAGAAACUAUCUUCUAA